AUGGAGACAAACAACGAAGAAGAGGCCUUCUUUAGAGUGAUCUCUGAAAAUAUGAAAUUCGCAUUCACAAGCCCUGUUCCCACUAUGCAAUUUCCAACUCCGUAUUCUCAGCAACAACAACAGCAGCAGCAGCUUCUGCAAGCUCCGCACACCACUCAUCCGGAUCAGCAACAGUCCCAGAUGCCGCUUUUCAGUAACGCUCGAGGAAUAAACACAACAGACGGUUCGAAACGAGACGAGAUGCAACACGGGGAGCAUUCUAUGGUCGAAAAUAGUAUGCUAGGCGGAGCACAAGGAGCUGGUAAACUAAGCGAUAUUAACAUGCAGCCAUCGUCGGUUUUACAACUGGGGAAUGAAUUCAUGCUUACCUCGCCAGAGCACUUUAAAGAGUUCUUAUUUGAGUCCCCAGCGGGUUUCAAUUUGUGGCAUCGAACGCCAGCAAAAACUCCCCUCCGGUUUUUCAAUAGUACAGCUGGUGCUCCGACCUCUAAUGAUCAACAAGGAGGCGCUAAUAAUGCUCAGGGGCUACCCAAUACUGCGACCCCUUUGAAAAAUAUCGAUGUGAAUCUUAUGUUCAACUCCAAAGACAAAAUGGCGCCUACUUCGUCGUCGUCUCCCUCCAAAAGGUAUCUUUCCUUGACGCCCUAUGGGAAACGAAUUCUCUCGGACAUAGGCACGCCAUACGCAAAGUUGUUGGCGUCGUCCAAUAGUGCAUUAGUGGAUUUUCAAAAAGCACGCAAAGACGUUGCACAUUCAUCUCCUAAUCUCAACAAUGGAAGCUUGCCGAACCUUUCAAAAGUUACACCGAGGAAAAGAAUUGGCUCGGCUAUGUCUCCGAACGAAAAAUUGGGCGACAGCGCUGUUCAUCGUCUCAGUCGUCGCUCUCUGGCGGCCGCAAAGGCUCGACGUAAUAGUUUAUCGCCGAAAGUUGGAGGCCAAGCUGAGUAUUCCGACCCAGAAGACUGUGGCUCUUCGCCGACGACGAUCCAGCUCAAUUCAUCAGUGACAAAACCAGCAAGAAACAAAUUAGGUUUUGUGGGUGCACCUCCGCCGAUGCCGUUUCAAGAAGAGGGGUCUAGCGAAGGAGAAUCGAAUGAUAUCGACAGCCGACUUUUUGAGAUGGGCAAGCUACCGCUAUCGCCUACACCCAAGCCUGCGAGUUGCAAUGAUACGGAUGUUACACAGAUAAGGAUUCCGGAGCUGCCGAAAAUGGGCUCUUUCAGAAGCGAUGUGAGCUCGAGUUCUCAGCCAACUACAACGAAAAAGGUAGUGCGCAAGCAGCCUAAAUUCCAAAUAAUCGUGACUAACGCGAAUUCCUUCAACUCGACUCGAGGAACCGUCAUGGGCGGUGAGGCUGGUUCCAAGAAACGGAAACCAGCGCUCAAAAGGUCGCAAUCGGAAAUUGUGUCCGCUGGUGACUCCAUCAACACGAAACGAAAGAGCAAGAAACAACGGACUUCUCAGAUAAACCGUUUUGCGGUAAAUUAUCAAAGUGGCUUUUCGAGCUCGCAAUAA